AUGCGUCCGUGGAGUUCGUUCGAUGUGGUGUUUUGGCUGAUGUUGGCAUUGCUUGAAGUAGGCGCCCAAAUAGGGCCCUUUGGCGCAUUGUAUUUCGCAUUUGGAAUUAUACCCUACUUGUUCGUCUCGGUACCCUGGAACCUUUUCCUCAAUUUUAAAGUGCGAACAUGGGACAGGCGCAGUGGAUAUAGCCGGUUGGCUACUCCGUUUGAGUUUGCGGCAACGAUCUUUGCCAAAAGUCUGCUAGAGAAUUUCAAUCUCCACGAACUGGGGCCAGCUUUGUUUGGGCAAACUACUGCCGAAGCCCUGUUCGAUUAUCGUCAAAGCAUGUUCACCCGCGAAGGACUAGGAGAUAUUGAGCACUAUGCGCUGGAUCCUGAUCAAAACCUGCCGGGAUUUUGGGUUGAGUCUCGGAAAACUCCAGUAGACCUCGAAAACGACGUGAUCAUCUACUAUGUCGUUGGUCCAGGCGUUGGCGGAGAGUCCGCGCAUUGGAGCCUAGAAUUCUUUUACUAUUUUCUUGUUUCUUUGAAUCAACAGGGAUUCUGCAAUCCAGCCAUUUUUGUUGCCGACGUCUCUAAAGCCAAAGACUGGCAGGAGGCAAUGUCAACUGUAAUUGAUACCUAUGAGACAGUGGCGGCGGUCAAUUGUAAAACUCUGGUGCUAUCUGGCCAUGCCGGAGGUGCUACGCUCGGUCUUAGUCUGCUGCUGCACCUGGCCCAGCCGUUUGAUGGUCUACGUCAACUCAAUGCACCCAGCCGCCGCCCGGACGCCGCAGUGUUGAUGUCGCCAAUCAUGGAUCUUAAUAGACGUCGCGUGUCGAGCAAGGAUAAUAUUGACUACUUGUCUACUCGUGCAUUAGCACGGUAUGCCAAGAGCUAUGUACCAAAGCGCCUUCAAUCUGCAGAUUACACCCGUCCGGGGUUGGUCAAUGACCUCGAUCUGUGGUCCAGAGCUUUACCAAAUCGUGGUAUUUUUAUUUCUGCUGGUAGUGAAGAAGUGCUUCUGCCAGAAGUCAAAGAAUUUGCUUUCCAUCUCCAGAAUUCCCACAAGGUCGCGCUGGAAAUCGAAACCGCCCAACUGCACGCAUGGCCGUUAUGGUUGGUAAAUACUGCCCGCACACGACUGGAACAAACUGCGGGGGUAGGUCGACUGGGAUGCCAGAUUUCACAAAUGAUUUUAUGGGAUGCGGCCCGCAAUUAG